GAAUUGUAUUCUGGAUGAUUUCAAGGGCGUUGGAAAAACAACAACAUGUUGUGAAUGUGUAAAUAUGGACAUGUAGUGUAUCAUGAUUGAGACUAGAGUUCAAGGAUUGAGUAAAAUGUCUGGAAAACGGAAUAAAUCGGGUCAGAAAUCGCCUGGGCAUGUUGUCGCCAGCGCGGACAAUUUGGCCGAGAAGGAACGAGCGGAUCGUAUCGCCGCCGCCGAGGCUAUGUCUUGUCUAUCUUCGGUUAUUCUUCUGUCUUCCGAUUUGGAAAAGGAGACAAACGUCACUUUGCCUCCUAAGGUUUCACAGAGAGGUCAGAAACGGACUCGAAAUUCUCAGAAAUCCGCUCCAGGGAAUAAAACUACUACUGAAUCAAAACGGGGGAAGUCCCGUAGCGGGAGAGGCCGAGGGGCACGCUCCGCCAAUCACGGACGUGGCGCUAGUACAGUUAGACCCGAGGGGAAUUCCCGGGAUGUUGACAACGUGGUUGAUGGGGUAACAAAUAAUACACACGAAGAUUCUCGUGUUGGAGGAAGGCUAGUCCCUAAGGUAAAGGCCGAUAAUAACCUUGAUAAAAGUGCAUACGAACGGACAGUUUCUCAAUCACAAGGGCCUGUCAUGGUCUCUGCGCCUCCUAGGUCACGUCAAGGAGGUGUAGUUACCCCACCCUCUAACUCAAACCAAGUUACCAGCAUACCUAAUGCACUUCACUUUGCUAUUCUAUCCAAAUUGACCGCUUCUGGCCAAGAUCAUAAACAGACACCUGGUGAACACUUGGUGUUAAAACUUCCACUUGUGAUAAACAAUGACAGUACAGAGGUGAAGUCUGUGGCCAGCCCACCUGCUGUGGUUAGUCCAGCAGCCAGUACUGAUAGUGUUGAGUUCACACAGUCAACAGUGGAAAAACUUCUACAACCUCCAAGCAUUAAUAAAUUUGACUCCUUAGAAUCAGCGCUUCCUCUGAAAAAACGGAAAUUACUAAGUUAUACAAAUAGUACCACAAAUACCAAUGAGGAGAGUGUUACCAUGGUUACCAGUCAAGUCACCAAGCAUGAACAACCAGAUGAUGUUGUUGACCUUACAACAGUCAAAGCUGAACCAGAAGAUAACCAACAGCAGCAUGAAAUCGCACCCCCAACAUCUUCCUCUACUGUCAUAGUCCCAGUCAAUGUGACCCCAGUGACCUCUGCGACCUUGAACCCUGUGAGUGUUGACCCCCGAACAAGCCUCAUGCUCCUGACCGAAAUGCAGAUGGCCCUUCAGCAGGAUGAGGAUGGGGACUUACCUCUACAUAUUGCUGUAGCUCAGGAGAAUAUUGUAAUGGUCCAAAAAUUUGUCCAUCUUAUGUCCAUCUCGGGGAAGAGUGUGGAUAAAUACAAUAAAGCGCAACAGACACCUCUACAUUUGGCUGUUGAGCUGAAUUUUGUUGAUGCUGUCAAAACUCUGUUGCUGGCACGAGCAAACCCUAACCUUGUCAACAAACGAGGGGAGAAUGCCGUCCAUCUGGCAGUCAAAGUCCGGUCAUCUGACUGUCUUGACUUCAUGAUACAACACUCGCAGAAUAAAAUUGACCUAGAUACUAGAAACUUUGAAGGGUUAGCUCCCCUACAUACAGCUGUUGAGAAAAAUAAUCUGGAGAUUGUUGAUAUGUUACUCCGAGCAGGUGCUGACAUCAACAUUUUGGAUGGUAAAAGUGGCAAGACACCAUUGUUUUAUGCAGUAGAACACAACUUACUGCCAAUGAUUGAGUUCCUUCUGUCACAUGGUGCCAAUGUAGAUCUUGCAAACUAUGCUGGUAUCACCGUUGUCAUGGCAGCCCAGGCACGAGGUCAUCAAGAGGCUGCGACCUUACUGCUGAAGGGAAUGGACUCCCAGGCCUAUCAUGAGAUGAAGGAGAGUACUCCAACCAAAAAGAUUCCUAUUCCGAGAAUUCCAAGUAAAUCCCACCUUAUCGUUAACAGUGAAAAUUUAAGUACAUCCUGUCAGAAAAACUACAAGAUGUCCACUCAGAACUCAGACUCCAAUUCUGGUGACUCUUUGUUGAAAUCGUACCAAGGAGUGAUUGCCCAACAUCUAACAGAGGGACCUCUUUCUCUGCCUACUGAUAUUAAGAAGGAGAGAAACAGUGACAAUAGACAAUCGGAAUAUCGAUUGAUCAAUUUGGUACAACCAUCAAAUUUGCUCAAUGGGCGUGAUCAGCCAGAGAAUUUGAUUUCGCAGUCUCAGACUCACCAAGAAGUGACAAUGUCUGAUAUUCCGCGACAAGUUUCUCCUGCCACAGUGUCGACAAGUGGUCCUAGACGAGGUUAUGAAUCAAAGAGUUCUACCUCUCCCCUUCAUCGUAAGGCUAAUAGUAAUGUGAAGCAAAUCUCAUCCCUAGAGGACAUACAAUCUUCACAAUCUUCCAAGCCAUUAAAAGGUCAUCACCGAACCCUUCAAAACCAAGCCUUGACCCUAACAAGUCAUCACCAAUCCCUACAAAACCAAGCUGUGACCCUUACAAGUCAAACCCAAAUUUCUCAGAGCCCAGCUCUUUCCCAUGAAAGUCAAGUCCACCUACACAAAAGCCAAGCCCUGCCUACGACAAGUCGGGUUCAAUCCCCACAUGACAAACAAGCAUCUUCCAUUCAAAUUAUGAACAGAACCCAGCAUCCGCAUCACAAAUCUCCUCCGGACUCACAAGAUAAUCCAGAACCUGUGGAUAAUAAACAACUUCAUGUAGAAAAUUUACCUCAUAAAGAAAGACUUUCUCAUCAUCAUAAAGAUGGCUCCUCCCACACAAGGGACAGUUCCCCAAUUCCCAGGGACAAUUCUGUCUUUAGAAGCGACAGUUCAGUCUAUCCCUUGACUAGCAACAGUCAGUCAAGAGAAACUUCACAACAUCUGAUGAACAGCUCCCACAACUUGCAUAACAGUUCUUCCAUUUCUUCAAACAGUAUCUCAAAACCUCUGAAUAGUUCACCCAGCCUGUCUUUCCAUCCGGGCAGUUCGUUUCAUCCUAAAGACAACUCCAUUCAAACCCGAGUCAAUUCUCCACACCAGAGGGAUAGCUCACCUUACAGAAGUCACCAACAGAAGAGGAUUGUUAAAGUGAAUUCCAGUGGAAAAAUGCACGUUGAGAGGGCAGGGUCAGGAUCAAAAGGUCAAAGUUCAGGGUCAUCUAAGGGGUCAAUGCCAUCUUCCCAAAUGUAUCACUUGACUAAUAUUUCUCGGUCAACUAAAGACAUUUUAGCUGCAAAACUCCAAGGAAUUUACACAUCAAAAGCAGGUCAGACCAAUCGACCUCUUAACCUGAGCACAGGUAUACCAGACAAUGUGAAUGUGAAAGUGAAGGAGGAAACAUAGUGCAAAUAAAUACAUGGAUACAUUGUAUUGCCAUGGAAAAACAAUUCACUCAUCACUGUGUUGUUAGGUCAACCAUUGAUAUUGCCAUAACAUAGACUAGUAUUAAGUCAAUUGAAUAUUGUUUUCCUGAAUUCACUUUCUGUUUAGAGGUUAUUACAAUUCUUUUUUCUACUUUCGUUUUCCUUAUAGUUUGUAUGAGUUGCUUGAAGUUUGGCUUAACACAUGUAGUGACAUUUAUCAAGAACCUGUCUCUUGUGAAAGAGUUUAUUUUGAAUGUUAUUGGUUGAUUUUCACUCAGCACAAGUUUAACCAGAGAUACAGUGAUUCCAAUUUGUGAAUAAUUUCUUUAAUCAUGGAAGAAAAAAUAUGAAUAGAAUUGCUCUUAAGAAUAUAUAGUAAUGGAUGUACAGGUAUAUGUUUUAUAAGUUGAAAAUGAUAAUAGAAUUAUGCAGUUGUUGAAAGAUGAAUUAGCUGCUAUAAUGAUUGAAGAUGAAACUUUCUUAUGUUUACAGUGUAUAUCGUUAAUAUCAUUGUAUCCUUAACUGUGUACAUGUGUGUGUAAAUCAUAUGUUAUGAAAGUUUAUACAUAUAUGUAAGAGUAGUGCCAGUGCUUCCUAUGGCAAUCUGUCAUUUAGAUGUAAACAUGUGUAAUGGAUUUUUUCACUCAUACACUUGCACUUUGAAGAGCUAAUGUAAUGUAUAUUGUGGACAUGUAAGCAUGUUUGUAUAUGUAUUCUGUAUAUAUGUACAAAUGUGGUAUGAAGGACAUUAAGUGACAUUUAACACGUGGGCGUAUGAAGUACAUUAAGUGACAUUUAACAUCUGUGUACACGUGGGCGUAUGAAGUACAUUAAGUGACAUUUAACACCUGUGUACACGUGGGCGUAUGAAGUACAUUAAGUGACAUUUAACACCUGUGUACACGUGGGCAUAUGAAGUACAUUAAGUGACAUUUAACACCUGUGUACACGUGGGCAUAUGAAGUACAUUAAGUGCUAUUGUAUAAUUUUUGUAUGAUGUGUGUGAUUGAAACCAGUAUGGGUCAUAUACGACACAAUGCAUGUUUGUUUAUUUCUGUGUAAGUGAUUGAAGUGUACUUCAGUAGACUGGGAGUCGAUGUUGUGUACUGUUCUGUUUGUUUGUAUAUACUGUAUGUACAUGAUGAUUUGAUUGUUUAUGUGAGUUUAUGGUGACUACACAUAAGUAUAUAAUACAUUAUGUUGAAUGUGUGAGCUUGUUUGUAUGUAACAUGUUACAGGUGUAUGACAUAAGGUAUUUCUUGAACUUUACAAUGUUAUAGUGUAUAUAUAGAUAGCAUUGUCUAGGUUGUGCUCGCAGAUUUAUUUUGCACCUUUCUUUUUUUGGGCAUUUAUAAACUCUCUCAUCUGAUUCUGAAAUCUACCUGUGAUCGUUGAGAACCGAACCUGAUGCAAAGGAAAGAUAAUUUUAGGCAUAAUAUUUUCUUUUAAAUAAGGAAAUUUAUAAAGAAAUAUAAUUAUUUGAUAUUUUGAGGCACAUAUCAGAUUGCUGAAGUGUUAAACAUGUAGUCAGUUCAAUUUAAAUUGAUAAAAGGUGUAAUUGGGAGUUUUAAUUAUUUAAAUGGUGGUUUAUCAGGUAGUUGUGCUUUGCUGUUUUAAUUUCAUUAUUUAAAUGUAAUUAAUUGAAAUAAUAUUCAAUACCAGUAUCAAAAGCUGCUUCAGAAAAGUUUGCUCCUAACUUCUUCUGUUAUAGAAAUGGGGCCACAUGUAUUUUUCCAGUUCGUCAUCCAUAGGAUAUGAUCGCAUUUACUUCGUUGUUGUUAUGUCAUUAAUGAAAUAUGAUUAAUGUCUUUACGACAAAGUUGUUUUAUUCAUUAAAUAAUCCU